GAAUGUGGGAGGAUAGAUCAUUAAGGUCACAUCCAGGGUUAUCAUCGAACUGAGGAAAAAUCUCAUGAAUCCCAUUUUUACGAGAUGACGUAGGCAUCGGAGGGCUAUAAAAGUCCAAGCAACAGUCAGUUUUAUAGAUUGUUGGUGUCUGUAUUUUAGUUGUCUCUUAAAAUGUACCUGGAUGAAAUACGAUGUCACAAGUAUUGACCCAUAACUUCAUAGUUGCUGUGUUACUAGCCCAGUCAUAAUACACAAGUUCUUUAGUCCAUCGUCAGAACUGGAAGCAUAUUUGUGAUUUCUUUGUGGCACCCAUUUUCAAUAACUUUUUACCGGCAACGAUGGAGUAUUUUGAAAGAUGUCGCCCACCUAAGAAAGUUCUAACAAAGAAACAAAUCAUGGCAGAAGAGAGGAAGAAAUUCUUCAACCUGGUAAAGAAACUCCACGUAUAUUACCGCGACCAGCUGAGUGCAGCGCUCAUCUCGAUCAACAAAUUCGAGAAGGGCAAAAAGUAUUUCAUCCGAGCUCUUAGGGUAAUCGUUCCGGUGUGUUACGACGAUAUCCCCGUGCUGACGCUCAAGAACAUGGAGGAUGAACUCAAACUUUACAGGGAGAACAGUCCCGAGAACGACCCGGUAAAUAACGGCAUCACCCCUGGGGUCACUCCUGACGGCAUAGGAAAUCGACUCGAAACGAUGACCGUAAGUACCAGGGCUUCAUCUUCGCGAAUUAGGGAGAAUGACGCUACCAGCCAACACAAAGCGCACUGCCAAAUCGUCGAAACAUUCUUGAAAAACGUUCACAACUUUCGUCUGUUUCGGCAGCAUGUCAAAAUGAACAUUGUCACGAAGCUUCAGAAAAUACCGAGGAAUGUUGUGGAGACGGAUAUGCAGAAGAGGGCAUUGGGUGAGAUAGAGGCCUUACUUGGUGCCUGGACUAUCCUCCUAGACCGGAACAACAACCUCGUCAGGCUUGUCCAUCCAGAGGUCAGGGAGCAGGCCGAGAAGAUGUUUGAAACUGAACAAGAGGUGGCGUACUAUGUUGGUAUCCUGAGCGUACUGCCGAAACUCACUGACAUAGCCAACAAGAUUGAGUUCUCUUUGACGAAAUAUGAAAUGAGUGCAGAUAGAGUUUAACGAUGCACAUUUUGACCUUGGCACCUAUUGAAAAAUUAGUUAUCUUUUGAAAUAUUAUAUUACUUUAAGUUAUUGUGUUAUGUGGUUUCCUCUUGUCUUACACUUCACUUUAAGGUGUCGUGGACGUUAAAUGGGUACCCGGUAGGGAUGCGAAAGCUAAUGUAAUUUGAUUAGCAAGUGUGCGCUUGCCGAUGUCCGGAGUAAUAAUAUGUAUGUAUCUGUAAAGCGCUUUGAGAGGGCCUUUGGUCCUGAAAAGCCUUAUAUAAGAACUAGCUAUUAUUAUUAUCAUUCAAGCUCAGCGGCUCACGAUUGUCUUUCAAUCUGGUUGUUUUUCGCGUUAAAAGAAUUGUAUUGCAUGUUUAAGGGCACACCCCCCCCCCCCACUUCGGCCUUUUAAUAGAGCUGUGCCCUCCAAUUAUGUUGUGUAUUCAGGAAUGCAUCUGUUGUACAUUUUUGUCAAAAGAGUAAAUUACAUUAAUCUAUCCAUUUA